GCAGCGCGAUGACGUCACGUUACCGUAGAAACAGCAGAAGAGCGUCGGCCGCUAAAGGCUAUCUGUGCUAGCUAGAAAGUGUUAGUUUUAAAGCUCUGUGGCGUUUAUAAAGCAACGUUUGAACAUCGCUGAGUCACCGUGGAGCUCGUUUAACCUCCUAACGUCACUUUUAUUUUAUUAGCUGCUAGUUAGCUUCAGCUACAACGAUAAACAACACCGACUCCCGUACACGAGCUAACUAUGCUAACAGGUGUUAGCUGAAGAAGAAGAAGGACACAGGGCCACAGGGACACAGGGCCACAGGGCCACAGGGACACAGGGACACAGGGCCACAGGGACACAGGGCCACAGGGACACAGGGCCACAGGGCCACAGGGACACAGGGACACAGGGCCACAGGGCCACAGGGACACAGGGACACAGGGACACAGGAUGGAGCCGGUGGAGGAGCUGAGGAGGCAACUGGAGGGUGAAGACCUGGACCCGGAGCAGAAAGUCAGCCUGCUGAACAACGGCAUAAACAAGGCUCUGAACGCGGCGGCACUGCAGACGGACAGCAGCCUCUCGUUGACUCGUGUGAAGUCUCAGUUGUAUCUGACUGGCGUCCUGAGUCACUGCAUCCUCCUUCUCUCUCUGCAUCCCAGAAGGCUGCGGGGCAACUGGAGCGCCGCCGCCACGCUCGCCCAGCUCACCAGCUCCUGUUGUGUGGGGGUGGAGCCUGGCAAACGUUCGGAGACCUUUCAUAGGCUGUUCCUGCCGUCAGUCAUGGAUGGCCUUCUGUCAUUGGCCAGUCAGCUGCUGAGACGGGAAGAGUGUGUGUCUCUCUUCAGGAAGGUGAUGGAUUCAGUGGGCUGGUUGCUCAGAGCUCACACUCAGCUCACCACACAGGUUCUCAGCUCCGUUCACUACGAGCAGAUCCAGAUGUGUGACGAUGUCAGUGUGUCUCUGCUCUGUGUCCAGAUGUGGAUUCAAACCUGCACAGCCAGCAGGGACUUCCUGUCUGCGUUGAGCGAGGACUCCGUCUUGCUGCUGCUCAACGAGGCUGUCGGCCAAUUAGCCGUCAGCUCCGACGCUGCGGUGGGCGGGGCCUCUGUCAGACUCAUCCUCCUCAUGGCCGGUCAGCAGGAGCUCCGGGUCCACCCCCUGCUCUGCAGCUUCAGAGGUCUGGACAGCCUAUUGGACAAAGACUGGAGGGGGCGGGGCUUCGAUCAGGAUGUGGAUCAGCUGAUCGCACUCAUGCAGUCUGACACUUGGAGUCACUCCCAGGCAUCUAGUGAGCGUGUGCAGGCGGCGUGCGUGAUACAGGCGGCCUGGAGGUCGUAUCGGACCAGACGCAGAGUGAAGAGCCUCAACAGAGCCGUCGGCACGCUGCAGAGGAGAUACAGGGCUCGGAGGAGGCAGCAGCAGCAGCAGAAGGAGGCGCAGCAGUGGGAGGAGGAGUUAAAGUAUCAGGUGUGUGUGAGGCGUCAGCAGGCGAGGAGGGAGUUCCACCAGAAACAAAGAAAACUGCUGCAGCUGCUUCCUCCUGACCAGGUGCAGACGUACCUGCAGGAGUGUGAGCGGCGUGCGGCCGUGGUGAUCCAGAGCUUCUGGAGAGGCUUCAAAGAGAGACGGCGCUACAACGACACACACCGACACACGCUGAGACACGCACACACACAGCGGCAGGCCACCAGGACGCUGCAGAGAGCGGUGCGUCGCUUUCUGCAGAAACAGCGGGCAGCAAAAGCCCCGCCCCUCACACCUUUCUGGAUUGGUGAGAAUGGUUUGACGGACAGCCGGAGGGUGGAGCUAAAGAGACAGGUGGAGGAAUACAUCUCACUGCAUCCUUCGUCCCGGGUGACUCCUGAGGAGUGCCAGCGUCUCCACGAGGAGGUGCAGCUGCUGGUGCUGUCGGAACUGCAGAGAGGAGACGGUCGGAGGAGGGAGGAGGAGAGGAUGGAGGCUCUGCUGGCUCACACACACACACAGCUGGAGCUGCUCAGAGAUGCCCCGCUCCUCUCCAUCGUCACGGCGACAGAUGCCGAGUCCUUCCUGAGCCCCUCGGGUCCCAUCGCCACCCGUGCCCGCGACAACCACAAUGCAGUGCUGCAGGCGAGCAGGCUGCCCUGGUGGCGGACACUGGGAGAGACGUCUGACGAUGACGCGUUCAGCCCCGCCCGCCUGCAGGAGCUGGAGGCGGAGCUUGAAGGACUGUUUGUGGGGGGGUCGGUGGGGGUGGACAGAAUGAACCUUUAACCUGGAGGUUGUUGACACUCGAUAAUUCCUGUAAACGUUUCUGGAGAAGAUCGUUAUGAUGUCAUUGUUAAAGAGCUCCAAAAUAAAGUUACAUCAUCAAUCCGA